GCAGGUGCCGCCGGCCGGGGCCGCUCCGCGUUCCGCUGCGCGCUCCGCUGCGCUCCGCUCCGCGCCGCCACCAUGACCGUCACACGGCUCGACCAGGGCCAGCGCUACCGCCCGCGGAUGGCCUUCCUGAAAAAGAUCGAAACACUCAUGAUGGAGAUGCAGAACCCCGACACGGGAAUCAAGACCCAGACACAGACGGUGACGGUCGCCAGCAUCCCCCACGCCGUGACAGGUAAUGAUAUCGUGCAGUGGAUUCUGCAGCGCUUGCAGAUCGCCGCGGAAGAGGCACUCCACCUGGGAGACCUGUUUGUCAAAUAUGGAUAUAUCUACCCUCUCCAGGAGCCAAAGAACCUCACCCUGAGGGCAGACGGCAGCCUCUACAGGUUCCAAACACCCUAUUUCUGGCCGGUGCAGAGCUGGGCUGCUGAUGACACAGACUAUGCAAUUUAUCUAGCAAAGAAGAACAUUAAAAGGAAAGGGAUUUUGGAAGAAUAUGAAAAGGAACAUUACAACAUGCUCAAUCAAAAAAUAAACUACAAGUGGGAUUUUGUUAUCAUGCAGGCCAAGGAGCAGUAUAAGGCAGGGAAGGAGCGGAAGAAGGAGGACAGGUAUGCCCUGGACUGCCAGGAGAGAGCCUACUGGCUUGUGAACAGAACUCCUCCAGGCAUGCUGGACGUCCUCGAGUACGGACUGGACCGUGUCACAGAUCCCAAUGAAAGUAAGAAAAACACUAUGGAAUUCUAUAGGAGAGAGAUCAUGUACUAUCAGCAGGCCAUCCUGAAGACCAGAGUGAAAUCUUCUGUCUCUCUUGGAGGGAUUGUGAAGUACUCUGAGCAGUUCCUCUCCAAUGAUCCCAUCCUGUCUGGAUGUCUCCCCAGCAACCCUUGGAUAUCAGAUGACCCUGAGUUUUGGGAUCUCAAUGCAAAGCUGGUGGAGGUGCCCACCAGGAUGCGCGUGGAGCGAUGGGCCUUCAACUUCAGCGAGCUCAUCCGGGACCCCAAAGGCCGCCAGAACUUCCAGAUCUUCCUCAAGAAGGAGUUCAGCGGAGAGAAUCUGGGUUUCUGGGAAGCCUGUGAGGAUCUCAAGUACGGAGACCAAUCCAAGGUCAAAGAAAAAGCACAAGAAAUCUACAAGCUUUUCCUGGCUCCAGGAGCAAGGCGCUGGAUUAACAUCGAUGGCAAAACAAUGGGCAUCACAGUCAAAGGCCUGGAGCACCCUCAUCGUUAUGUUCUAGAUGCUGCUCAGACCCACAUUUACAUGCUGAUGAAAAAGGACUCCUAUGGCCGCUAUUUAAAGUCUCCAAUAUACAAGGAAAUGCUGGCCAAGGCUGUUGUGCCACAAGAGGGUGUCAAAAAAAGCACGGGUCUGUUCGGCCGCCGCCACCUCCGCUCCAGCCCCAGCCCCAUCAUCCUGAGGCAGCAGGAGGAAGAGGCCAAAGCCAGAGAAGCCGCCAACACCGUGGACAUCACGCAGGUCAUGAGCAAGCUGGAUCGCAGGAACCAGCUCCAGAAGGAAGCUCCUCCCAAGUAGGCUCUGAGCCCCGCAGGGAAAAGACAAGGCGAGGCUGGCGUUGAGCUUCGUCUCCCCUUCCUGAAGGUGUCAGUGCUGCUUUAGGUUUCCCAGGCCGGCUCUGCCCUCCGCCAGCUCCCCGCACGUUGUUGCCAUGGCUUCUGCAGAGCAGAUGUCCUUCCCCGGCAGGGAGUGCCGGGCUGCUGCUGCCGAGCCCGGCUCGGGGUGCACACCUCGGAGGGGAGAUGCUUUCUGCUAUCGCACAUCCCCCCGAGAGGCUGCCGAGCCCGACAGCCUCUCCCCGCUGCCCCGGGAGGUGGGGUGGCACAAGGCAGGGCAAAGCCGUGCCCCGGGUCUGGACCAGGCUUCCUUGGCACAGAGGGGGUGACCCCGCGGGGAGCAGGGCGAGGUGACCCGGGCUGGAGUGUCCCUGCUGGCCUCCGUCCCCUUGGGGGCUGUGCACCCCCCGAGAGCAGCACAAGAGUCCCGCACCCCCAGCCAGCACAACAGGGCCACAGGCAGGAGAGCUGCUUGUGGGAACAGGAGCACGAGCACUUCUGAAGGCUUAGCUGACCCUCUGGAUUUGGAUGGUGCUCCCACCCUGGCACGCUGGAGAUGAUCAGCAGGAAGCUCUGCUCUGCUCUCCCCGUGACUCCUGAGCCGUGAGCUGGGUGUGCAGGUGCAGGGAGCUGCCCCUUGACAGAGCCUGCACGAGGCCAAGAGAGAUUUUAUCCAAUCCUUCCCACCUCUUGUCUUGUCUUUUCCCUGCUCUUCUGUUUUCUGUUGUUAAAAAUCCAGCAGGAGGUAGCUGCAGUUGUCACUGGCUUGUAGCCCAGAGGCAAGGGAGAACAGGGUAGAGGUGUUAAGCGCUGAUUUCAACUUUAAGUAGUAUUUUCUUUUUCAUUUGCUCUGUUUCUUUUGCUCUGUAGAAUGAGGCAAGCUAAAAUACGACAUUAGUGCUAAAGAGCUCAGAGAGAUUCCAGGCCUUGCUGGAAAAGCCCAGUGUGCCUGGACCAGGCCAAUGAUUACCAGAAGUGUGGAGAUUCCUGCAAAGCCCAGUAAAGGGAAUUGAAGGGGCAGCAAAGCUUCCUUGUUUGUUAAAAUUUUGGGGAAGCAGAGGAACUGGGUAGAAGCACUGAAGUCUGGGAAGCUGCCUCUCUCCAGUUCACAUUGUUCAUCCCUCUUUAGUACUGGUAGGGUUUUACAGAAAAUGGGAGAUCACAGAAUCCCAGAAUGGUUUGGAUGGAAAAGACCUUAAAGCUCAUCUCAUCCCACUCCCUGCCACAGGCAGGGACACCUUCCACUGUCCCAGGGUGUUCAGAGCCAUAUCCAGCCUGGCCUUGGACACUUCCAGGGACAGGACAGCUUCUGGAGAAAGCUGGGAGUGGGAGCAGGGAGAGGGAGCCCUCGGGUAGCAGGGUGCACACAGGCCCUUGGAGCCCUGGGGUCCUUGCAGGGCAACUCCCUGUGAACAGGGGACAGUCAUGAUGUCACUGUGUCCCCAACAGCUGCUCUGGCCCUCCCCAUGUGUGACAGGCAGGAUCAGGGCUGGACACUCUGAUCUGGUGUCCAACGUCUCCUCCACCUGUGGCUGAGCCAGGAGAUUGUCCUGCCUGUCCUUACCCCAUUGGUGAUAAACCUCCAUAGAGGAAUUCAGUUACCCCAGACUUUCCCUCUGAUGUCUAUGCUGAGUUUCUGUUCUCGCUCCUGCUGGAAGCACAGGCACAUUCUGCACUCCUGUGCAGGGGAGCAGGCUCAGGCUGCCUUUUUUAAAAUUCUGCUUAAAACCCCAAGGCUUUGUUACAUCAGGUGCUGAGCACCCUCAGCCUGCUUUGACAUCAGAGCACUGGAAGACACUCCAGAACCUGUCAGGGUUGGCCCAAAGCUACUUGGCUGUGAGGAACUCUACAGUCUCUCCAGAGUUUGUGUAACAUGGAGCACUGAGCAUGUUGGGAUUGCCAGUAUGUAGUAACAUGUAGAAGAUCAAGUCAGGAUAUAAAUAAUAAAUAGCAAAUCUGUGUGUUCCCAUCAGUCCCUCUGAUUCUACUACUUCUAUUUUGUCUGCUGCUUUGCUUGUUAUGUUCUCUGUAUCCAUUCCUUUCUCUGAUUUUCAUCAUCCCUGCUUGGCAUCACUGUUCCCCUGCCAUGGGUUUGUGCUGCAUGCUCGAGGGUCACUGUGCUUGUGGAACACCAGUUAUUUCAUGUGGAACACCAGUUACUGCAUGUGAAACACCAGUUACUUCAUGUGGAACACCAGUUACUGCAUGUGGAACACCAGUUAUUUCAUGUGAAACACCAGUUACUGCAUGUGGAACACCAGUUAUUUCAUGUGAAACACCAGUUAUUUCAUGUGGAACACCAGUUACUGCAUGUGAAACACCAGUUAUUUCAUGUGGAACACCAGUUACUGCAUGUGGAACACCAGUUAUUUCAUGUGGAACACCAGUUAUUUCAUGUGGAACACCAGUUAGUGCUUGUGGAACACCAGUUAUUUCAUGUGGAACACCAGUUACUGCAUGUGGAACACCAGUCAGUGCUUGUGGAACAUGAGUUAUUGCAUGAGGAGCAGCAGUUACUGCAUGUGGAACACCAGCCAGUGCUUGUGGGACAAAGAGCCAUCCUUCACACACAGGCAGGAGCUGUCUUUGCCCUGCCACAGGCUGAUGGAGCUGUCACAGCCCAGCCUUCUGCUUCUCAUCCUCUGCUGCUCAGUCCCUGAAAAGGAAAGUUGCCUGGUACAAGCUGAACUUCACUUUGUGCCAGCUGAGAAAUUGUUUGUUUCCGUGUGUUGUUUCAUUUUUUUGGCCAUGGCUUCCAUGCAUUCAUCUGUCUAAUAAAAAUAAAUGUAGAAAACGGAAGAAGAACUAAGUUCAUCCUUCUCUGUCGUGUCUCAGUGUGUUCAUCCUUCUCUGUGCCAUCUCUGCAUGUGUGUGUACGUGUCCUGUGUGUGCCUCUGCUCUCAGCUCCUCUCCUUGGACACUUGAGCUGCAUUUCAUUUCUGCUGGGAGUAAGUCCCUCAGAAAUGGGAGGGGACCUGGCAUGCAACAUGUGCUGUCCUUGUCCUGUCCAGUCUGUGUUUGGGCUUGUCCUGAGGGCUGACUGAGCUGUGCUGGAGCCUUCCCAGCCCCAGCCAGGGACACUGUGAUCUCCACUGUGUGGAGAUGUGAUUGGUACUUCGAGCCAUCAGGGCCGGGGCUCGGGCUCUGUUCCCAGCCCCGGCUGGUGCCGUGGGUGUGACACGGUUGUGCUGUUCAUAACCAAGAUCACAUUCCCGGGAUGACAGCCUCCUCCGUGCCUGGAGCUAAUCGUUGUGAGGAAUGAGACAAGCUGGUGUCUCCUCCAGCAUCCCGGCGGGUGUGGGGCUGGAUCUGUCAGCACUCGCUGGGGCUGUGGCAGCAAUGACCCCGCAGGCAAGCUGUGACACCUCAGUGCUCCGGCACUGCGAGGGCAGGGAAGGGGACAGAGCUGCAGGAGAGGGGGACGCCGGCACAGGCUGUAGCUGCCUCCCAGCUGAGCUCUUCUCUCCUGGCAGCACCAAAGGAAAGGGACUCUCCUCCUGAAGAAGCCUGGGGAGCCCUGGUGUUGGAAAAACCCAGCUCUACAGAGACGGGGCAACCGAGAGGCGUUUUUAAAGAUCUUAUUCCGUUAUCAAUCUCGUAGAAGGGCGAGACACCGGAGAUGUAAAACUCAACACCAUUCUAUCAGCCGUUCUACCUUCAAAAACGCCUCUCAGUUUCUCUGUCUGUACAGCUGGGUUUUCCCAACACUCUGGGUGUCACCCCCAGACCUGACCGAGCCUCUCUCCUUCUCCU